GGAAGAAGAGACGGCUAUGGGGGGGGUGCGGGGCUGGAGGGGCAGUAGUGGGUUUGGGAUGUAAGAGAAGAGCCGGCUGGCGGCCGGAGGUGCGGGUUUAUUUGCUUCGUUCGCGAUCACCGCGUUGGCUGAGCCGUGGGGUGUGAGCGAAGCCCGGUGCCCAGCGAAGCGUUUUAGGGGAGAGAUUCCUCCAUCCCCCUCCGCUGUAAUAAGGCUGCAAUAACGCCGAGCGCAGCCCGGCCGCUCCUCCUUCGCUUCCUAUUAGAGCCGCUCAAGCGGAGGAAAACCCCUCCGAGGUCCCCCGAAAGGCAAAUCUCCCCAAGGCGUUUUAAAACACACCAGCCGUUCCCGGCCCCGCGAGGCUCGGGGAGGAACCGCCGGGACGGGAAGAAGGGAGAAAAAGAAGGAGAGCCGCUCCCUCCUCCCUUCCUUCCUUCCCCCGGGCAGCGCGGCCCCGGCGGGGGCGUGCAUGGAAAGGCCGCGGCGGAGCCAAUGCGCAGGAAGGGGCCGAGCAUGUGGGGAGGUUGUUUACACCAGCCCGGCCCCGGGAGCUUUAACCCGGCCGGCGGCGAGGCGCGAGGAACGGCCCGGGGACGGCCGUGGCCGCGAUGGCGAGCGUGCUGUCCAGGCGCCUGGGGAAGCGCUCCCUGCUCGGCACCCGUGUCUCUGCCCCCGGUGCUUUGGCUGACGGGGUCCUGGCAGCUCCCCAGAUCCACGCCGUGUUGCCAGACGACGUGUCCUGCACGCAGCCUGCAGAGGAAAGCAGCCUGGCACCGAGAUUCCCCAGCCCCAGCCGCCGGCAACAAGUUCUUGUCACCUACAGCGGGCAGGAGUGCACAGGGCUGGUGGAGCAGCACAACCCACCCAGCGACAAAGUGAAGGUGCUGCAGCCAGAGCAGGGCUUGCAUACGUGCUGGAGGCUGCAGGAUGUGCCUGAGGCACUGCAGAGAUCUGUGUCCAACAGCAUUGACGUCCCCAAGAGGAAAGCUGACGCAGCUGUGGAGAUGGACGAGAUGGUUGCAGCCAUGGUGCUGACGAGCCUCUCCUGCAGCCCUGUGGUGCAGAGCCCUCCUGCCAGUGAGAGUGGCAUCCCCCCAUCACGGGCAGCGUGUGAUCCCUGGAAGGAGAGCGGCGACGUCUCAGACAGCGGCAGCAGCACCACCAGCGGGCACUGGAGUGGGGGCAGCGACAUCUCCACCCCGUCUCCCCCACAUCCUGAAGGCAGCCCCAAGCACUCCAGCGAGGCACUCAGCUCCCCACCGGCUGAUGAUGGCUUUGAGACUGACUCUGAUCCCUUUCUCCUCGACGAGCCGGCUCCGCGGAAGAGAAAGAACUCAGUGAAGGUGAUGUACAAGUGCCUGUGGCCAAACUGUGGCAAAGUCCUGCGCUCCAUCGUUGGCAUCAAGCGGCACGUCAAGACCCAGCACCUCGGAGACAGCGCUGACUGUGACCAGCGGAAGCGGGAAGAGGAUUUCUACUACACUGAAGUGCAGGUGAAGGAGGAGCCCGCAGCAGAGGCAACCACCAACACCAGCCCCACAUCUGUGUCUGCCCCCAUCAUCAUCCAGCAAGCCUUGGCCAAGCCGGAGGCUUUGCUGGUGGAGCCACCGAUGCUGGAACCUGCUCUGGCCAGCAGCUCGCUCAGUCAGUCUGCACCCAGCUCCUUCUGGCACAUCCAGGCUGAUCACGCCUAUCAGGCAUUGCCCUCCAUCCAGAUUCCAGUGUCCCCACACAUCUUCACCAGCAUCAGCUGGGCCACUGCCACCUCGACUCUCCCAUCCCUGUCACCGGUGCGGAGCCGGUCGCUCAGCUUCAGUGAACCCCAACCUCCCACGCCGAUGCUCAAGUCCCACCUGAUCGUCGCCUCGCCUCCCCGCGUGCCCCUUGGCACCAGGAAAGUUCGUGGUGAAGCCAAGAAGUGCCGUAAGGUGUACGGCAUCGAGCACCGGGACCAGUGGUGCACAGCUUGCCGGUGGAAAAAAGCCUGCCAACGCUUCCUGGACUGAGCAUGGCCCUGCAGUGCCACCUCCUUCCUUGCUCCUCCCCAAAGGAGCACUGGAGUCCCUCACUGCUGCACCCAGGGACCUUGGAGGCACCUCCUGGGACUCCAGAAGAGCCCUCCAGAGCUGCGUGUAAAUUCCUCCUCCUGUAUAUUGUACAUCAGCUGGGUUUGCUCUUUUCGUUUUGUUUUGGUUUGUUUUUUAACACUUCUUUUUUUUUUUUUUUCCCAAAUCUGUUUUUGUAAAACGUGAAGAAUAUCUCCCAUUCGUACAGUUUAAAAACUGGGGCUGGGAGGAGGAAGCCAUGGCUCGGUGCUCGGGGGACAUUGCAGGUGAUCUGGGGACCAAAGAGCUCCCUGCAUUGCCCAGGUCAACGCUAGGAUCUCCCGAGCUGCUGCAGUGCAGCCAGUGUGAGGCAUAGAGGCAGCUUCCCCUGUCCUUUCACUGUCUAUGAAGUGCAAAUCACUCGUGUCCUGAAGCAUCAAGAACUGUUGCAGCUUUAAAAGCACGAGGCAGGGCUGGUUUUUGGGGUGGCUCAGCUCGUUGCCUCAUGGAUGUACUCUUUGCUCGCUCUGCUCUAGAGCCUGCACGUGUCUCUGCUUCCAGUUUGUCCGUUUCGGAGGCAUCUGGGGGAGAAGCCUCUUUAAUCAGGAAAGCUUUGAGAGCUUUUAAAGCAAAAGCAGGUAUUCCUUUUCCUUUUAGGCUUUGUACAUCUGCUUAGUUCCGUGAAAAACUAUGUCGUGGCCCUCGCUGUGUCUUUCAAAAGCAGGCUGAGAGCAAAUGCUUGUUUGUUCGUUUUUAAACAAAGAAAUCUUCCUGAUUUCACCAGCAAAGACAGCUGGCAAGCUGGGAGGACUGGGAAGAGCUUUCCCUCAGCAUCACAGUGUGACCCCAGUUUGGCAAACGAUCUUAAAAUUUGCUUUUGCACCCCAUUGGCGGCAGGCAAGUCUGUGUCCUGGAUAUUUUUUUUUUUUUGCUGCAUUUUUGAUAAUCACAGCCCAUAAGGCACAACUAAGAGUGGUCCCUGCACAAGGCUCGAGCCUGGGCUGAUAUUCAGGACCGUGCGAUGUAACAAAAACUCCCUUCAAAAAGCAAAUUGUGUGGCUGGGAGAGCAUCGUUUUGCUGCUGGAUGGACGCACGCCCUGUUGGUGCUCUAGCAUAGAUGUAUACGUGUAAUACUAGUGCUUGUCAACCUCUUUUUGUAAUUUUGUAUAUCUAAACAGUAUCUUGUUCCAGAACCUGAUCUUUGGUACCAAAUGGGCGGAUUCAGAAUCAGGAAGCAGGAGCAAAACUCCCCCCAGGGUGCAUCCCAAGUGUGUCUGUGCAGGUCUGAUUCAAAGCCCGUGUUUUUUCCUGGAGAGCAGCUGGCUCAGGAUCACAUCCCUGCUGGGGCUGCCGUGCUGGGAAAGCCCUUUCCUCUCCCACUGCCAUCAGCCAUCCCCACAGCUGUCUAUUGCAGGAGCAGCUCUGCAGGUUCACGCUCUGCAUCCUGGUAGCAGUGGGUUGUGUGCUGGGGUUAUUGCACUGCUCAAAAGUAGGAAUUUAUUCUUGAUUUUUAUUUUUUAUUUAGGGGGGAAAAAAAAAAAAAGAGCCCCUGGGGCAUUUGCUACCAUUUGGAUUGCAGAGCUGGCAGCUCCCAAACUUGCUGCUGGUCCCUGCAGCAGCACAGAUGGGUUUCUGUGAUGCUGAAGGCGCAGGUCGCUCAGAGUAUGGAGAUAAUAAUGAAACAAAAAGGAUUAGUUGUGCUUCCCUCAGACCUUGUGCCUUUGAUCCCACGACUCAGACCUAGAAGUUUUCCCUUCCUGCUCUUCUUGUCCUUUCUGCCCCAAACAGUGACCCCGUUUGGGUCCCCAUUGCUCAGGAAAUGUCACACAAGCCAUGUGGGGGUGUCACCCCCCCGGGGCUUUGUCCCAAACCAGGGUGUAGCGUCUGACAAUCCGCACUGCCUCCCCCUCCUGUAGUCAAUCGUAUUUUUUCACUGUUGGGAACUUGAAUUUCUGCAAAUGGAAAUGAGAAGAACUUUCUGCUUACUGUUAAAAGUAAUUUUUAUAUUGAAAAUAGGAAGAAAAAGAGAGGAAUGGCUCUGGAACGAGUGGCUGAAUGCCUGUUGGGUUGAGGGCAUGGUGGGACGCCGGAGAUGUCGGGGUGCAGUGCCUCACUCUGCAGCCAAUAGCACUUACAGCCCCAGGGUCACCCUGCACAGGGCUGUUCUGUGCUGGUGGUGUUCACCCAGGGUUGCACACAGCUUUAUUUUCUGAGGGCUUUUGCGGUACGGAUUUAAUAGGACAAAAUUGUCCUUUAGCUCCUGGCUUUCCUUUAUUUCAAUUUGGGAGUAUUUUGGAUUUUUUUUUUUUUUUUUACACUUUUAAAAGGAAAAA